AUGACCUCGACACGCAGCGUGGAGAUUUCGCGUGUUUACAAUACCGUAGGAGAUUAUGAGGAAAAAGUGAUCUAUAACUACAACAACCCGUUUUCGUCACUCAUCGCCGUUUUUGUUAUCAACUUAACCCAGCCAACCAUCCUCAGUAUUGCCAGUUACCGUUCAAUUCAUCCGCCCGCCUGGCAGACCAAUCCCAACUACAGGCCAGCUCUGCUUCGUUACCGUCGCUUGCAGCAAGAAACGGAUCCCGGAAACACCUUCACCGACAGCAGCUCCAUAAUGCCCACUCCAUCGGCGCCAACAAACAACCCGGACCCAUCAUCGAAAUCCGGGUCCACCGGAUCCAGUUCGUCAAGUAAACCGACCCCGACGUCCAGCUCCCCGUCAACGCUUCAGGUUCCCUCAACUUCAUCCGGUGCUGGUGGAAGUUCGUCCGGUUCCUCGACCCCGCGUCGCUUGAGCCUCAAGAAGGACCUGAGAUCGGAUCGGAGAAUUAUCCGCCAGCCGAACAACGAUUCAACGUCGUUCAAAACCAUCAUCAUCAACUUGAUCGUGGCGUUCUUCCUGUAUCUGCUGCGGCGGGUUAUUGAAUGUGGCGGAAAAAGUGCAAUUACCAAAUACAGUAAAUUCAUCAAAUAACAUGGAUGCAAAAUCAGUAGGAGCGUGGUCGUUUCAGAAAAAAUAGGGACUGGAUUAAAAGAGCUAUGUAGUCUGUUGUUUUGCUUUUGUUAAUUUGCAUAGUAUUUAGGUAACCGCAAAAAAGUUGGGUUUAUUUUCAGUUCUUAAGUGUUGAAGUGGUACUUUCUGAUAAAAUAUAUCUGUUUCUGUUAAC